AUGGCGGAAGGGAUGACUCGAAGUCAAUCGGAGUGGGCGUUUCAGAGGCUUCUCAAAGAAAUGUCUGGUUCCGAUGCGAGCCCUACGAGCGAAGCAAUCGAGAGGUCAUCUCCUCCACCUGUUCAGUCUGAGAGAUCGCUUUCGAGAUUAGAAGAGAGCGUUGACGAAACCGCCGAUGUUGUCGAGAUACAGAAGCCGCCGCAGAAUCACCGCGUUUCUCCUUCGGAUGAUCGAUGUAAUCGGAAACGUGCUCCGUCGUCUGAUCCGUUGGAUUCAGCUGUGGUUGAUCCUAAUCAGUACCAUGCGAUUCUUAAGAGCAAGCUCGAUCUUGCUUGCGCUGCGGUUGCUCGUCGUGUGGGAACUGUGAAGCCGGAAGAUUCGAGUGUUUCAGGUGGAAAUCAAAAGCAGUCUCUUUCGAUGGGAGCUCAAACUCAAGGUUCUAUUGUGGCGCAAAUCUCACCCGGUGCUUCAUCUGUUGGAUUUGUUCCCUCAAAAAGCACGCAAAAGAAACCAGAUGUUCCAGUCAGGCAAACUACCAGUCUUUCAUCAAGAGAUGAUUCUGAUGACGAUGAUCUUGAUGGAGACACAGAAACAACAGAUAAUGGAGAUCCUACUGAUAAGAAGCGUGCUAGGAGGAUGCUCUCAAACCGAGAAUCCGCUAGGCGCUCCAGGAGAAGAAAGCAAGAACAAAUGAAUGAAUUUGAUACACAGGUUAAGAUGGCAGAAGAAACGGUGAAAAGAGUAACAGGAGUGAACCCUUUGCAUUGGGCAAGACCAAUUAUGGGCAUACCAUUCAACAACACACUGAGCGAUUCCUCUAGAAUUCCGCCAAACUCUAACAACAUCUUGAAAGCGGCAAUCCCAAGUUCCGCUGGUCUAGCACCGAAUCAGAGAGUAGUAGAGAGAGCGGAUAUCUUGCCUGGACAAGUGAACCGUGAAGGCAUGCAGAAUUCAUUUGCUCCUGAUUCUCAUCUGUAUGAAACCAUGCCCCCUUGGAAUCACAAGAAUUAA